AUGCCUCGCCCUUCCAAGAAGGCAGACGACAAGGCCAAAGUCCCCGUUGUCCCCGCGCCCACCAUGGUUCACCCGCCCGUCGGCAUGAUGCCCGUGCCACCCGUUCCUGUCGGCCUCGCUGCGGGCGUCCCGACGCGUCUCGUCGACCCGGAUAGCUUCCUUCGCGUGCGCGACUCGGCUGUUGGCCGCCUCAACACCAUCAUUGAGCUGAUCAAGUCCUUCACUACCGACUAUGUUCGCCAGACGAACCUGCUCCUCGGCGAGGCCACUGCCGAUGGCGGGGCUGACCUGCUGAGCGCCUUUGAGAACACGGCAGCUCAGCUCAUCAUGCCUGGUGUCGCCCCUGAGCUGCAGCAGCCGGUUGAGGAGAAGAAGGAGCGCAAGAAGCGAACUCACGACCCCAAUGCCCCCAAGCGUCCCCUGACCCCCUACUUCCUGUACAUGCAGCACGCCCGCUCCAUCAUCGCCAACGAUCUUGGUGCUGAGGCUCCCAAGGGUGCUGUCCAGGAAGAGGGUCAGCGACGAUGGGCCCACAUGAGCCCUACGGAAAAGAAGGGCUGGAAUGCUGCUUAUCAGUAUAACCUGCGCCUGUACAACGCCCGUGUGCACUCGUACAAGCAGGGCAACCCUCUGGCCAAGAACAUGAACGACGACGAGGCGCUCAAGUACGCCGAGGACUUCCAGAUCCCCAUGCCGGAGAUCAAGGAUACGCCUGCUGAGGCGCCCAGCAAUGACCACGACGCUAUUGCUGAGCAGCUGCAGGCCGACGACGCCAAGACGCCCAAGAAGGCUGCUGGUGGUCGCAAGCGCAAGACGGCCACGCCCGCGGCCGACACCAGCAUCAUGGAGCCCAAGGCCACCCCUGCCAGCCCGGACAAGAAGCGCCGGCGAACGUCCACCAAGGCCGUAGACGACAAGGAGGAGCCCAAGAAGUCGGGACGCAAGAAGACUAAGAGCUCUUAG